AUGUUUUUAGGAGUUAGAAGAAUUCUUAAGCUUUCAAUUUAUGAUGAUAGUGUUAAACAUCUUCUGGACUUCCAAGAAAUACAAAUUCAUCAUUUUAACAAUUCUUGGAUAUCCUUUGACGUAACAGCACCGGUCAAUGAUAUAUUAAGGAAAAAUCCAAAAAGCAAAUACCUCAAAAUUGUGGUUACUGUAUCUACUUUUGUACCGCAGGUAAAAGAUCAUCUAAAACUGUCAUUGAUGCCCGUAGAAGAAGACUUUGAGCACGAUUAUCCUGUUUUGUUGUUAUCUUAUUCUUCAUCAAAAAAUGGCGAGAAAGAUGUUAAAGAAGAAAAAGCUAAGAAAAUAACACCACAAAAUAGUAGACAGAAACGAAACGUUGAAGAUGAUUAUGAAGAAGAAACAAAUAAAAUUUGGGAUGAUAAUAUUUUUCCUAUGAAAACCGUUCAAAUGAAGAAAUUAAAAAGAAUGAGAAAUGCGUGUAAAAAGAAACCACUGUAUGUUGACUUCAAAGAAAUUAACUAUGAUUCUUGGAUUGUUCAGCCAAGUGGUUAUGAGGCUUAUCAAUGCCAAGGAAGGUGCUUUUAUCCAGUUGCUGAACAUCUAAAUCCAACAAAACAUGCAAUAGUCCAAGCUUUACUACAUAGUGUGGCACCUACAAAAGUAACCAGAUCUUGUUGCGUUCCUACAGUGCUAGGAUCUAUAUCAAUUUUAUAUGUAGACACUAACGGUGUGUUAACCUAUCGCUAUGCUUAUAACGAUAUGGUGGUGGCAGAAUGUGGUUGCAGGUAGUUUUU